UUCGUAACAUAAACCAUUAGACAGGUCUCAGGAAACUCUCGUCGCCGAACGGCGGCGAUGUUUUCGUCUUCGUUUAGGUUAAUCGCAUUGAGGUUCCACCGAACCCGAACCCUAAUCUCGCCGGGAAAUCCUCCACGAUACUUUGCCUCCAUUCCCAGAUCCUUUUCAGGACACAUAGAUCAGCAGGAGAUUGUUGGAUUAAGUUCCGAAUCUGGUCCAAAUCCAAACGGGAGCUCCAGAUCGAGAAUCGGAAUGAGCUCCGGUGAUCGAACCGGGUCAGGUCCGGGUGAUUCUGGGUCUAGAGCGACGAGGAUAAGGGAGAGAUUGCAGAAGGAGCUCGAUCCCUCGGACCUAUUGAUCGAGGAUGUGUCGUACCAGCACGCGGGUCACGCCGGCGUGAGGGGCAGAACGGACGGGGAGACUCAUUUCAACGUGAAGAUAGUCUGUGAGGGAUUUGAAGGGAUGAAUCUGGUGAAGAGGCACAGGAUGGUGUACGAUCUGCUGCGAGACGAGCUGGAGAGUGGACUGCACGCGCUCUCCAUCGUGGCGAAGACGCCGUCGGAGUCCGAUCGUUGAGCAUUCUCCUCCGCCACCGAAACAGUGAAGUCUCUCUAAUGGCAGACGGAAAGGCAAACAGAGAUUCUACUCCCCAUAGCUUUCUGAAACAGACAGGAGGUGAUGAUGAAGUGGGAAAAUCGGAGCAACACUAGUCAUCGGAUAAUCAAAUACUGCUUGUUAGCGAAGGAGAUUUCUCCUUCUCUCUCAGCUUAACAAAAUCCUUGUGCUCUGCUUUCAUCAUCUGUGCUUCGUCUCUCUCUGUGUGUUUAUAAACGCAUGCAUCUCAUUUCAUGGAGUUCGGAUUUGCAUUGGCUCUGUUUCCGUUUCCGUUUCCGUUUCGUAUUCAUGUUCUAGGGUUUUUCCGGGUUUUGCUUUCGUUUUCACCCGGAGAUUCAAAGUUUUCGACUUUUAUGUGAUCGGCUCCAUGUUCUGCUUGACUAAUGAUGCUAUGCACAUUGAAAUCUCACUGCUGAUGAUCUGUUUGGACUUUGGAAAUGUGAAAUCUCCUCUAAAUGAU